AUGGUAACUAGACAACUUAAUGAUGAAAGUUUUGUGGAAAGAAAUGAAGUUUUCUUUCCAUAUACCGAUUUAAUCGAUGAAGAACCACAUUAUAACAAUUUUACAGCUAUUCAAAAUGCAUUACAACAUGAUCAUGAACGGAGACAAACAAAUAUAACAACUCAUUAUCGAAGUCAUUCAAGUAAUGAUCAAUAUCGAGCAAUUCGUACUCAAAUCGAACCAUCUUCAUUGCAUCAUUUUUAUUCUAAUCAAAUAUUUGAUAUAAAUAGUCAAAAUUCAUUUAAAUCUUCGAAUGUUCCUAUAAAUAUUCAAUCGAAAAAAAUCGAUGGACAUAUAUUUAAUUUAACUAAAAUCGUUCAAGAUAUUGGUUAUAAUGUAAAUAGUCCAUUUAUGCGUUCUUCAACGAAUUCCAAUACAAAAAAUGUUAGUGCUCUAUUAGAUAUCGUAUUAAAAAUGGGGGGUGCACAUGGACCACUUAAGAAUGUUUGGCGUUCGCAUAUUAAUGAUGAUUAUUUUCAAAGAUGGUAUCUCGAAAAAUAUUAUCAACGUUCUGCAUCAUUGAAUCAACAUAAUAUCAUAAAGAGUACAAAUAAAGAAACGACGAAAUAUGGACCAAAACGUGAAUAUAAAUCGAAGCUAUAUAUUGAUAAUUUAGUUUCGACUAACGUAUUACCAAAAGAACAAAUGAUGAAUGAAAGUUAUUAUCAAAAUGAUGUAAAACAAACUCAUGGUUAUGAUCAAAUGAAUACAAUGAAUACAACAUCAAAUCAGUCUUUAUCAAAUGGAAUCGAAUCAAAAACUAAUGGUUCUUCUAAUUAUGAACGAUCAUUAUCAACAUCAUCAUUAACAUCAAUUCUUAAAAAAUCUAAUAAUAAUAAUAAUGGAAAUUCACAAACAAAACCUCGUGUUACUAUUCGUGAACAAUAUCCAACAAAUGAAUUUAAUCAAGUAGUAUCAUCACAACAAACAAAUCAAGAUGAUCAACGUAUUCUAUCAGAAUAUCAACAAUUAAUUCAAAAUUAUCCUGAUUUAAAUAAUGAUCCAAAUCCUCAAAUGAUUAGAAAACCAAAUUCAGAUGAAAUAACUUAUCAACAAAAUGUUUCUGUUCGAUAUCUUGUUCCACCAACACCUCCUCCACCUGGACCAUUAAUUAUUCGAGAAGUAGUUCCUCCACGUGCACCAACACCUCCUCCAGUUGUAAUCAAAUAUCAAGAACCACCACCAGCAACUCCUCCACCUCUUAUUCUUCGCGAAGCUCCACCACCACCACCUCCACAACAAGAACCAACAAUUAUAACUAAAAUUUUACCUCCUGAACCUCCAUCAGCACCACGUGUCAUUGUCGAACAUAAUCCACCAUUACCUCCAAAGCCUCAACCAGUAAUUAUUGAAAAAUGGUUACCUUAUAAACCAGCACCACCACGUGAAGUUAUUUAUCAACGUGUUGUUGAAAAUCCAGUUUCAGCAGAAUUUCAAACAGCUGCUACGCAUACUCAACGACAACGUCGUCAUUCAGCUGAAUUUCAAUCAAAUUCAUCACGUGUACCAAUACCAGUUAAUGUUCAACGACGAAAUUCUAUUAAUGAUUUAAAUCAAGAAUAUAUUGUUGAACAACCAUCAGGAACAUAUAAUGAAUUAGCAUGGAAAACACAACAACAACUUCUAGCUUUACAACAGCGUAAUAGAGAACAAUUACAAGCACAUCAACAAUGGGCAGCAAAUCAAUGGCAACAACAUGCAAAUAUGUUUUUACAAUAUCCAACUCAAUUACCAAUAACACCUUUAGUUGCUUAUCAACCAUCUGUUACAAUGAAUAGAGCAGCAUAUGUUCAGAGACAUGAAUAUCGUCAACAACAUCAUAGACAACAAUAUCAUCAACAACAUAUGCAAUAUAGUCCAGCAUAUGUUUAUCCUUAUGUUUAA